AACCUUCUGACUCCCUUUUUUCUUCUCCUGUAUUUCCUUCAUUCGAAGAAAUAGAAAUGGAGAAAUACGAAACCAUAGAAAUUGUUCCAGAAAACCCGAAUUCGCGGGUCUUCUACCUCUAUCUGAACCGCCCUUCUGUCAGAAACGCCUUGGCACUUCAAUGGUUCAAUGAGUUCCCAAAAGCCCUCUCUUUUCUUGACCAAAACCCUGAUGUCGGUGUCAUCGUCCUCGCUGGCUACGGUGAUCACUUCUGCGCCGGAAUCGACCUCAAAUCCCUCACCAGCAUCUCCGAGCAGUCCCAAUCCAGCGACCGCGGGCGUUCUGGGGAGAGACUUCGGCGGCAGAUAAAGUUUAUGCAGGAUGCCAUCACUGCAAUCGAGCGGUGUCGAAAGCCGGUCAUAGCCGGAAUUCAUGGGGCAUGUAUUGGCGGUGGGAUUGAUAUUAUCACCGCCUGUGACAUAAGGGUUUGCACCAAAGAUGCCUUCUUUUCCGUGAAGGAGGUUGACUUGGGGAUCACAGCUGAUCUCGGGACGCUCCAGAGAUUGCCUGGGAUUGUCGGAUACGGGAACGCGAUGGAGUUGGCUUUGACGGGACGGAGGUUUUCGGGUUCAGAUGCUAAGGAGUUGGGUCUUGUUUCAAUGGUUUUCGGAUCAAAGAGAGAAAUGGAAGUGGGAUUAAAAACUGUUGCCGAAGGAAUUGCUGCCAAGUCUCCUCUGGCUGUUACUGGGACAAAAGCAGUCUUAGUUCGAAGCAGAGACCUGAAUUUGGAUCAAGGAUUGGAUUAUGUCGCUACAUGGAACUCUGCCAUGCUUCUUUCUGAAGACCUAACAGAGUCGGUCGCAGCCCAACUAGGCAAAAGAAAGCCUGUGUUUUCCAAGCUCUGAAGGAGGCAGACAUUGUAUGUGGAAGUGCAACACAACUGUUUGUGAAUCAGCACAUCAUGUUUAUGGCAUAUGCUAUAUUGAUAUUGCUUUGUUAUCAUGUGUGAUGCUUAUAUUUUAAGUAUACUGUUUAUGUUCCCCCCUCUUUAUGGUACUGUUCAAUGUGGUUUAAUUCCCUUUAGGAUAUAAUUUUCAGAAUGAAAUUUCAAGUA